CACUCACAUGUUAGUGCCACUGACCCUGCACCCUCAUCAUCUACCCGACGCUCCGUCCGUCACGACAACUUCAAUCAACGCUACCGUUUACCUACCUACCUAUCUAAGCCACUUGCAUAAGGUAAACUUUAGCUGGAUUGAGAUAAAUAACCUCUACGACCCAUCAACUAGCACCCCCGAACCUUCGUCACUAUCGCUCAAAAGUCCACUCAAUUCCGGCAAAAUGAAGCUCUCUGCAUACGUUAUCGCUGCAUUGACACUGGUCUCAACCGGCCUGGCGGUUGAGGUCAAGAAGCAAGUCAUCGUCACAUACCCUUCCGACACCCCGGACUCUGUUAUACAGGCGGCGAAGGACAAGAUCACAGAGUCCGGCGGCGUCGUCACUCACUCCUACGACAUCAUCAAGGGCUUCUCCGCGACGGUCGGCGAGUCGAUGCUGAAUAGCAUGUCGACCGAGGACGCUCAAUACAAGCCUACCGUUGAGGAGGAGCAGAUUCUGUCAAUUUAUGGCGAUGCCUGAGCGGGAGGAGCAUUACACUUUGACAGUACGAGGCGCAUAUACGGUAAACACUGAACGGUGUUCUCGAAUUGCGACAUGUCUUGGCUCGAGCAUGUCGACAUAUUUCUUUGGCGACACUGAAGAGAUAAACAAACGGACUAGUCUUUUGGAAGAAGCAUUGUUAUUAUGGAAACAGAACAUAAGGGUUGAGUUGGCGUUUUCGGAAACUGGCGCAAAAUCAUGUGGUGUUAAAGCGUCGUCCGCUUGGCUCGAUUGAUGUCGAAGACUGGCGCUCCUGGCACUUUUCUUUUUAGAUUCAAACGGUAGUAAUUAUUUGGGACACGGCUGUUCCUCUGCCUUUG